AUGGAAAUGGAAGCGUGCCGGAAGAUCGAUCUCGAAUUCGAAGCCGACUGUCUCAUUGACGGCGAGCAAUUUUCAGGAGGAUUGAUUACUGAAAAAGAAGGUGAUGAUGGUCUUCUCAUCAGUGAGACCGACCUCUUGCCGGAACUGCGUGAAUCGACAGAACCUCAAGAAAACCAAAAAAAUGGGAGGUACAAUUUGCGUAAAAGUUUAGCUUGGGACAGUGCAUUCUUCACUAGUGCAGGAGUACUAGACGCAGAAGAAUUGUCAACCAUGAUGACAGGAGCAUAUAAGGGAGAGAAGCAAAUGUUGCCUGGAAUUCAAGAGGAAAUUACAGGGUCAACCGAGUCGCUUUCCACUCUCGGAAGUGACACUUUGACGAUGGAAACUCUUGAGGAAGACUUGUUUGUGGACAUUAGAGCUUCCAUCCAAAGAUCCAGUAAAAAGGCAUUGAAUUCGAGAAUCUCAAGCAGCAAGGCAGCUGCUGUGGAGGUAGAUAGCACAGCCAUUUCAUCUUUGAAGAAGGAAGACACUAACUCUGGAAAUAAGAGCCAAAAACCAAGUGUAAAGAAAACGGAUAGCUUGCAAACUGCUAGGACAUCUAAAUGUCAGCCAAAAGAAAACAUAGGGAAGUUAGCAAUAGGGAAAGCAACAAAGCAAGAUUCUACGUCUACACCUAAGAUUGGAGGGAAAAGUUCCAUGAGUCUUCCUAAACCACCCAAGACUAUUAGCAGCUCCAUCCCCUCAUCAACAACAGCUGGAAAGCGGGAUUCUGUUGGAACCAGUCGUGCCAAAAUAACUCAUUCUGUUAUUUACUUGACCGCAGUUGUUCCCUGUCAAGGGACUCAAUCCCCAAAAGUAUCCUCAGUUAGUGCUAGAAGAGCAUUGCCUAAGCCUGCACCGUCAUCAAGUAGUUCUCUGUUGUCUUCUUCAACAACAAAUUCUGUUCAGUCGAGAAGGUCCUCCACCUCAAGCGACGGUUCAAGUAACAUCUCGUCAAAAAUAAAUCCUGCCAAAUCUAAUAUAAUGGCAGCGAGGAGGAAUAUGGGUAAAACCAGCAACAUCAACACGGGUCCUUCCGGUUCCAUCCCUAAAACUCCUUCAAGAGUUACUGCAAAAAACAAAUUGCCCUCCUCAUUGUCCAAGAUCUCCUCGAGUGUCUCACCAGCUAGUUCGAUUGGUGAGUGGUCUUCGGCAUCAUCAACAUCAUCUUCAAUGCUUAUCCAAAAGUUCAGUAACACCAGAAACAGUAUAGAUACCAGUUCUUGUAGGUCUACAGAUGGCUAUUUAAUUCCUUUGGAUAUUACAAAUCCUUUAGUGGGUCAAACUGCUGAUGGGGCUGAACACCAGGGGGCUAUUUUAACAAGUGGCAGUUCUAAAAAACCGACAACACAAAAUGGCGAUAAACUUCGUGUUCCGGGGAAGCCAUCAGGAUUGCGAAUGCCGUCCCACAAGUUUGGUUUUUUUGACGGGGUGAAGUCAUCUGUGAACUCUCCUAAUAGGCUUCAACAGUCUCCAUCUGCUGUGAACAAGCAGCUCCCCAGGAAUGGACCUCCAACAGGUGUUCCAGUUAGAAGCUCUUACAGCAAACUCAAGACUGCUAAGGCCCCUAAAAUAGUUACUCUUAAAAAGCCCAAAUCACCUGUACUCUCUCCUGACAAAAAAUCAAUGGACGUGAAAAAUUCUCCCAACUCGUCUGUUGGGGUUAAAGUUAUCCCCGCAUCUGAAGAAACUUGUCAAGACCCCAAAAAUACUCAGAACAAAGAUCGAGAUGAGCAAGUAUUUGCAAAUACAGGUAAUGCCAUUAUCGAGGAGAGUUUAGGUGGUACGAAAAUUGAAGCCGGUGACUUGGUAGCCAAAGAGAACGAUCUCAAGGGCUCGAAAGAUGAACAUUUAUCAAGUGAUGCAUCAGAACACGCGGUGAUUAUCUCCGAGUCUGAAACGUGCAGAGUCCCUUUAGCUCCCAAGAAUUCUUUCGUCAGCAGUGAGAGUGUGGAUGUGGCGAAAGAGUCGGUUGUGGGCAAGUCGGGAUUUAUUUUGCCCAACUUUGAGCAGAAAGAGAAUAGCUAA